AUGGAUUCGCUGGCUGCAGUGGCUGUGUUUCUCCUUUUGGGGACCCUCUUUCAACCACCCCAGGCUGCAGCCUUCAAACCCCUCCAUUCUGAUGGCUCCCUCACCCACCGAGAAAUCACACAGAUCGCCAUUCUCCGCAAGACUGCAGAAGCAUGCCGGGACAUCGCUGUUGACCAGGGGCGAGAAUUCACACUACCUAUCAACAACAAACUGACUGUAGCUUCUGUCCGAGCAGCCUGCUCAAAUUCAUAUGCUGCCCUAUCCACGCUCAGUUUUACUUUGGCUGUUGCAAAGAUUUAUCUAAGCAAUGCAGCUGUGGAUAUAGUGUACUUACUGACUGAUCCACCUCAUGUUGAUAAUGAGGCUUUCAUUGAGGCUCAGGAUAUUAUUACUCAAGGACUGGCUGCAGUGAAGGCCAGCAUGAAACAGGAGAACUACAAUUCUGCGCGUGUCAGACUGGGGGCUCUUUUCCAUACUUUACAGGAUUUCUACAGCCACAGUAACUGGGUGGAAUUAGGAUUCACCACUCCUCUCCGUAACAUGACUAGAUCUGACCUUCCCCUCAACAACCUAGCAGGCCCCAAAACACCGACAUGCAAAAGCUGCAAUGGAGAUGACUGCAGUGACAACAUUCUCCCAGAGAUCCUGCAGCAGAAGAUAUUAACUACAGGAUAUACUGGCCUUUUCUCCUUUUCCAAACCUACAGGCAAGUGUAGCCAUGGUGGCAUUUUUGACUUGACAAGUAGAAGAGAGCCCACUGGAGGAAUCAAUAAGGAUACGAUCAGCUCACAACAUGGCUUUCUUCACAACAGAGCCGCUAACCUGGCCAUCAACGCAACCAUGGAAGUGCUGGAAGAUAUUCGACUGGCCACAAACAACACAGCCUUUCUUCGAUUGAUGGGGCUCAGUCAGACAUCAGUGAUGGCUUUUGUGAUUGACACCACAGCUAGUAUGUCUGAUGAUAUUGCAGAGGCCAAGAGAGUGUCCUUCAGUAUCAUAGACAGCAGGAAAGGAACAUCAGAGGAACCUUCAGAAUAUAUUCUAGUUGCUUUUAAUGAUCCAGGUUUUGGACCUCUGAUAAGGACUGAGAAUGCAGAUAUUUUCAAAGAGAAAAUGAAUUCCCUUACAGCAUCUGGUGGAGGAGACGCCCCAGAGAUGUGCUUAUCAGGACUGCUGUUGGCACUUGCAGGAGCUCCUCCAUCUUCAAACAUUUUUGUUUUCACUGAUGCUGCAGCAAAGGACUCAGAAUUAAAAAGCACAAUUGAGGCCCUGAUAGAAAGCACCAAGUCAACAGUGAAUUUUAUGCUGACACACUCUACCUCAUUCCGUAAAAGAAGAAGCGUCUCGGAACGACAGAGUUCUUCAUCAAGAGCAAUGUCUCAGUCAGAGAUACAGUUGUACAGAGACCUGGCCCAUGCUUCUGGUGGACAGGUCAUAGAAGUCACAAAGGCCACACUGCCUCAGGCCACGAAAAUCAUUCCAGAUACAUCUACCUCUGCACUGGUGACCGUUUUUCAGGUGGUGAGAAAUCCAGCCAAGGCAGAGAACUUCUCUUUUGUGUUGGAUGAGUCUCUGUCAAACGUGACCGUGUAUGUCACUGGGGAUUCUCCAGUCUUUACACUCUACAGUCCUACAGGUGUGUCUCAGUCAGUGUCAGAGGGAAAUGGUGCUUUGGGUCAGAGUUCUGUGGACUUCCAUUUUAACUUUGUGGAAUAUGAUGGAAAUCGUGGAGACUUUAUUCCAAAAGACAGUCGCCCUUUAACUGGAGGGAAUGCCACUUUGUUUCUCUCUCUAACUGGAGGAGCCACAGUGACAGAGGUGCUUCUAGUUAAUGCUUCAGGAUCUGGUGCUGUUAAUGGAACUAUCACAGCAGUGGCAGGGACAGAAUAUCUGGUUACCUUUGACAGAAUCCCAGAGGGGGCAUUUCUGGUCCAGCUAAAUGGUCUGUUGAUUGCCUCCUCAAUGUCUACCCGAUUCCAGAGGCAGUCACCCACCCAGCAGAGAAGCUCUAGAAUUAUCAUAAUGUCCCAAACACAGAGCCUUAUUGAGCCUGGAGUCCCUUUCAGUUUCAUCUUUACAGUGAAUUCUACCACUACAGCUGGCAACUACACUAUACGGGCCAGGACUAACCGUGGCUUCAAACUAUCCUUUUCUGGCUCCCUGAGCCUGGGGAUAUUUGGCAGUGCUCAGGGAUCUGUAACAGUUACUGCACCAUCCAACACAGAGUUUGGGACGGAUGUCACACUCACCAUUGAGGCGCAAGCUCCAGGAGGCACUGACUUUAAUUUUGUUACACAGUGGUUCAUUGUCUCAGCUGCAAGUGUUGAAACCAGUAGAUGGCAGCUGCUCACUUCCUACCUUAAGAGGGCAAUCCACCCUUUUCCAGCUGAGAACCAUGGCCUCAGUCUUGAAGGUGCUGACUCCCAUCCCAACCUCUUCACACUCAGCCACAAACAUCCCAAGUAUGCGCUGGAGGUCACCGCAUGA